CAGGUAUCUAUAAUAAGAUCCCCUCUACUAUUGAUGGAAAUUGAAAGCGAGAUUCACUUUUGUGCUGGCUGAGUCACCAGAAAGGUUCAGGUCAACGUUCACUCGUUCAGCAGGGACGCAUAAAAAGUUGAUGGAGAAUGAGCGUGCGCACGAUUGGAGCGGCGCCGACGAGCCGCCGGUGGGCAAGUCUGUUGUUUGUGUUCGCGGUCGCAGUUUGUUGUUGGGGCUCGUCUUCAGCACUCACAAUCAGUCCAACGGAAACCACCCCAAGACCAAGGAUGGCCACUCACCAAGCCUUCGGCAACGCAGGCAAAACUGCCGGACUUGAAAUCUGGAGAAUCGAGAGUUUCCAGCCCAAGCCAUACCCCAAGAAAGACUAUGGAAAGUUUUACAGUGGAGAUUCCUACAUCGUUCUUUUUGUGAGAUUUUUUUGUGUAGACAUAAUAUUUAUAUAUAUAUUUUUUUUUAAUUUUCAAUUUCAGACAAAAGAAAAUAAGGGAGCUUUCAGCUGGGACAUUCACUUCUGGCUCGGAAACGAAACUUCGCAGGACGAAGCUGGCGCUGCAGCCAUCAUGUCUGUGGAACUCGACGACGCCCUCGGAGGAGCGCCAGUCCAGUACAGGGAAGUGCAAGACCACGAGUCGCAACUCUUCCUCUCACACUUCCCCUCAGGUGUGCGUUACAUGCCUGGCGGCGUGGCCUCUGGAUUUCACCACGUUGACAAGGACAAAGUGGAGAAACGAUUCUUCCAGGUCAAAGGUCGCCGCAAUGUUCGCGUCCGCCAAAUUCCCUUGGGAAUCAGCACGAUGAACAAGGGCGACUGCUUCAUCCUUGACGUGACCAAGGAGAUUUUUGUCUACUGCGGCAUGAACAGCAAACGCCAGGAAAGACUUAAGGCGAUUCAGGCGGCAGGCCAGAUCAGAGAUCAGGACCAUGGAGGAAGACCAAAAGUCAACAUUAUUGACAACUUCAGUGGCGACUCGGAAGUGCAAAAGUACUUUCAGGAGCUUGGUGGCGGCUCCAGGGCAGAAGUUCCACCUGAGUCAACUGGCGGGGACGAUGAUGCUUUUGAAAAGGCCCAAGACACUAAAGUGGCCCUCUUCAAAGUAAGUGACGCUUCAGGUACCAUGAAGGUGGAGAAAGUUGGUGAGAAACCCCUCAACCAAAAUCUCCUCCAGUCGGCGGACUGCUUCAUUUUGGACACUGUGACUUCUGGAAUUUUUGUCUGGAUCGGCCGCAGUUGCAAUAAAAAUGAGAAGAACGAGGCUCUGAAGAAAGCUGACCAGUUUUUGAAGGACAACAAGUACCCAGCCUGGACGAGUGUGCAAAGAAUUGUUGAGGAUGGUGAACCGGUCGCUUUCAAGCAGUACUUCACCACUUGGCGUGAGAAGCGUGUGGGACGUUCGAUUGGUUCUGGCCGUGUCUACGACAUGAAGCAAAUUUCCGAGGCCAUGCCCGAGGCUGAUUUCAAUCCGGCCUCUCUGCACGCUGAGAAGGUGAUGCGCCUGCUGGCCAAGAGCUCUGGCCGCGCUUUCGGUUUCAUGCCUGACGACGGCAAAGGAAAAGUUGAGGUUUUCCGCGUCGAGAACUUUGAGCUGGCCCCUGUGACCAAAACCACGCCUGGAUUUUUCUUCGGUGGAGACUCGUACGUCAUUAAAUACACUUAUUUGAAGGGAAACAAGGAAAACUGCGUUAUUUAUUUCUGGCAGGGCAAAGACAGCUCUCAAGAUGAAAAGGCCGCGUCAGCCCUGCACGCAGUCCGUCUGGAUAAUGAACUCGGCGGCAGAGCCACGCAGGUCAGGGUUGUCCAGGGAAACGAACCACGCCAUUUCCUACGCAUUUUUCAGGGACGCAUGGUUAUUUUCAUGGGUGGACAUGCCAGUGGCUUCAAAAACGUUCGCGACCAUGACACUUACGAUACGGACGGAGUAAUGCUCUUCCAGGUGCGUGGUACUUGUCCCGACGACGUCCGCGCCGAGCAGGUGGAGGAAAAAACGCAAUCCCUCAACUCCGACGACGCUUUCUAUCUGGUCACAAACAAGGACGAUUUCCUUUGGUUCGGAAAGGACAGCUCGCCUGAGGAAAGGGAUAUGGCUCGCAACAUUUCCAAGCUGAUGGUCGAGCCCGGCAUGCAAGUGAUUGAAGUUGAGGAAGGAGCCGAACCUGAGGAGUUCUGGAAGGUCCUCGGUGGCAAGGGUCCUUACACUAGCGAACCCAAGGAGGACGACAGACCUUUACUGGCGCCUAGACUCUUCCACUGCUACAUCCCGGAAAACGGAGGCAAACUGAAGGUCGAGGAGGUCGACGACUACACCCAAGAAGAUCUUAACGAAGAGGAUGUGAUGGUGUUGGACGCUGGAGACGAAAUUUACAUCUGGAUUGGAAAAGAUUCUUCCAAGAGUGAGCGGGAGCAGUCGUUGAAAAUGGCUGAGGAGUAUUUGAAGACAGACCCGACUGACCGCAAUCAUGACAAGGCUCUGAUCUUCACUUUGCGACAGGGGCACGAAGACAAGUCCUUCACGUCGCUAUUCCCAAGCUGGGACGAUAACAUGUGGACCAGUUUGAAGAGCUAUGAAGUAUUGCGCAAGGAAGCCCAAGAUUGAAGAAUGCAAUGAAGCACAAUAAUUAUAAACUGUAUUAAUUUUGAAAAAAUAUAAUAAAUAAUAUUUAAUAUUCUCGUGUUGCAAUGCAA